CGCGCGCACUCUCUUGUCCCUAGACCUUGUCCUCGUCAUCGCAGUUAUUCCGCGUUGAGUCUCGAGUAUACCUCUCCUCUAUUGUCCCAAAGCGCUGGUCAUGCUGUGACCCCAGUGCGUUCUGAGUGUUACCUCCCAAGCGAGCGAGAGUAGCGAAAGUCAGACCCAGAGAAACAGCUGGAGCUCACACCUGCGUCAGACGUUUCUAUCCCACUCUCGACCUUUCCCCUCCCUUCCCGCCCUUUUCAAUACACAUAUACUCUUUGAGCUUGCCUAUCGGUACAGAUCCGAGUUCAUGAGCCGAUCAUGAACUCUGGGAACGAUUCCUGGCACUCCUCGGCCGGUGGGCCUCCGUCGCACCCUGGCAUGGAUCAGAUGAAUCAACAGCCCCGACCUUUGGGGUCUUUCAGUCAAAAUCCCUCUCAGCAAGGUCCGGCGUCGCAACCCUCGGGGCCCGUUCUCCCUCCUCCAUCCGGCCCCUACCACCCCGGUGGUCAAGCCGGUCACUCCCUCCCCGGCCUAGCGGAACUGAGCCAGAGUCACGGGGCUCCCCACCAACCUCCUGCGUACGGACAGCACCCGGCGGGCCCGACUCAUGGCGCCGGUCACUCUCUUCCUGGCAUUGGCCAGGCCAUGUCGCAUGCUUCACCACAGUCUCUCAAUCGGGAACACGAGCGGGACUCUCGAGAGCGCGAGAUCCUCGAGCGCCAGCGUCAGGAAGAGAUGGCGCACCGCGAGCGCGAACAGAUGGAGCGCCAGCAGAUGGAACGCCAGCGCGAGCACCACCCGGUUCAGAGUCACACCGGCUCGAUUCCCCUCCACCAACCCGUCGCGUCAAAAGUUCCCAAUUCCAUCCAUGGUCCGAAUGGUCUCCUGUCGAAUCUCGGCACCAAUCCGCCUAAUGGUCCGCAGGCUAACGUUCAAGCUUCCGGUGGCCCAGCAGCUCUUUUCGGAGGACCUCAGAUGCCCCACGGCGAGGGUACCCCCAGGUCGUACAUGCAACACCCCGCAGGUCCUCCCAUGAUGGGAUAUAAUGGACAGGGGCAGCAGAUCCCCGGGAAUGUUGCGGCCCUAGCCCAGGGUCAGCAACCGAUUCUCAACGUAAGUGGCCCAAUCGGGUUCUCACUACACAUGCCUUGGGCUCACGUACCGUUGGUGGAACAGGAUGCCCUCAGCUAUUUGGACCAGGUCAAGGUGCGAUUCGUAGACCAGCCUGACGUGUAUAACCGGUUCUUGGAUAUAAUGAAAGAUUUCAAGAGCCAAGCCAUUGAUACCCCGGGUGUCAUCCAGAGGGUUUCAACAUUGUUCAAUGGUCACCCCGCCCUUAUCCAAGGCUUCAAUACUUUCCUGCCUCCAGGCUACCGCAUCGAAUGCGGCACCGAAGACAAUCCAGAUGCGAUUCGCGUGACUACUCCCUCGGGGACAAACACCCUGAGUAUGCCUCGAGCGGCACGCUCCCUUGAUGCCGCUAAUGACCUUGGUCCUUCUGGGGGCCUGGGUGGUCACCCUCGCUCCGAUUAUUAUGAACAGUCUCGCCCUGGUUGGCAGCAGACUCAGCAGCAACAGCAGCAGCAGGGUCAUCAACAAGGUGCACCGGGGUCGUAUUCUCCCAGCUCGCGUAUGAUCGGUCCUUCUGGCAUGUACCAACAGGAAGGGCAGGCCCCUCCUCAAGAUCACCACUUUGCGUAUCAAAGUCAAGAGGCUCAGGGUGCUUCGGCAUUGUCUCAUCCGCAGGAUCACCGUGGUGUGGCUCAGUUGCAAGGUGCAGCAUCGGCAGCGUCUGGAUUGGGAAGACCGUCGAUGCUGCCUGUGUCUGGAGGUGGAUCAAGUCAGUCGAUGAGUAGCCUAGCCGGGGUUGGAGGCAUACUUCAAGGUGGUCAUGCGGAUCUAAACAAACGGGGGCCUGUUGAAUUCAACCACGCAAUCAGCUACGUGAACAAGAUAAAGAAUCGUUUCUCUUCUGCGCCUGAGAUCUACAAGCAAUUCCUUGAGAUUUUGCAGACAUACCAGCGCGAGUCAAAGCCCAUCCAAGACGUUUACGCCCAGGUCACUCAACUCUUCAACACUGCUCCUGACCUCUUGGAGGAUUUCAAGCAGUUCUUGCCUGAAUCUGCCGCCCACGCCAAACAGCAGGCUCAAGCACGCAUGGCUGAAGAGGCUGCUCCUACGUCGAAUCUUCGGGGUGAGCCCGUGGGUUUGCCGUCUUCAACUCCUAGUCGUGACGUGAAAAUGCCCCCCCUCGGCCAAUUCAACGUCAAGGACUCUGGGAAGGAGAACAAGAAGCGACGAGGCGGUCCUGGUGUUGGCCUCUCCUCCGUUUCGGGACCUUCUGGCGUUGAUGCGGCUCGUAUGCCAGAUGCUCGUGGAGGUCCUCCUGCAGGCCCUUUCACUAAUGGGAACAAGAGACCCAAGCACUACCAUGGAAAGCCUUCCGGAGCCGACAUUCCCAACGUUUCUCCAACUCUGAUUCCAGCUCUUCCUGAACCGGUUCCACCAAGUGUCAUGACCACGCCCAGUCAGGAAGAAAUUGCCUUCUUUGAUCGUGUCAAGAAGUUCAUUGCCAACAAGCAGAUCUUCAGUGACUUCUUAAAGCUGUGCAACUUGUACACGAAUGACUUGAUUGAUCGGUUCAUUCUAGUCAAGCGGGCAGAGGGGUUCAUUGGCUCCAAUGCCGAGCUCAUGAGCUGGUUCAAGCGGUUCAUGAAUGUGGAAGAGCCCGAAGACAAGACCAUCGAUCCUAAGCCGCAGACGGAGGCUGGUGUGGUCAAUCUCGCUCACUGUCGGUCUCUGGGACCUAGCUAUCGUCUCCUGCCCAAGCGCGAGCGCCAGAAGCCCUGUAGUGGCCGUGAUCAGCUCUGCCAUGAUGUCUUGAACGACGAAUGGGCUUCACAUCCUACCUGGGCCUCUGAGGAUUCUGGUUUCGUUGCCCACAGAAAGAACCAGUUUGAGGAUGCUCUCCACCGUAUUGAGGAGGAUCGUCAUGACUAUGAUCACCAUAUUGAGGCUUGCACACGCACCAUCCAGCUCAUUGAGCCGAUUUGCCAGCAGUUCUUGCACAUGUCGGAAGCCGAGCGGGCCAACUUCAAGUUGCCUCCCGGCCUGGGUGGUCAGAGUGAGGCCAUUUACCAGCGCGUGAUCAAGAAGGUUUAUGAUCGCCAGCGUGGUGAGAAGAUCAUUCGUGACAUGUUUGAUCGUCCUUGCCAGGUUUUGCCCAUCGUUCUCUACCGCCUCAAACAAAAACUGGAGGAGUGGAAGGCGUGCCAGCGUGAGUGGGAUAAGGUUUGGCGCGAGCAAAUGCAGCGUGCCUACUGGCGCAGUCUGGACCACCAGGCUAUUGCCACCCGCUCAACUGAUAAGAAGCUGUUCAUCGCAAAGAACAUUCAGUCUGAUCUGCAGGCCAAGCUUGAGGAGACCCAGACCAUGCGCAAGGGCGGUCUGAAGCCUCCAAAGCACCAGAUGGAGAUGAAGUUUAAGGAUUUGGACGUCCUGCUGGAUACUACCCAUCUGCUUUGCUUGUACCUUGACCGCAGCACCUCUGGCUUUGGUGCAGACCCGUCUCGUCUGAUCAGCUUUGUCAAGGACUUUAUUCCCGUCUUUUUUGGACUGGAUCGUGAGUCCUUCCAUGAGUAUAUGGACGAGCUGAUGAUCAACGCGACCCCGGCUGAGGAGUUGGAAGAUCAGUACGGUGCCGACGAUACUUCGAUGGCUAGCCGGAAGGCUGUCAACACGCAGAAGCUGGAUCUCUUGCGUGAGACUCUUGAGCGCAAGCUGGAGAAGGGCAAUGGCCCGGUUCAGGAAGACGGAGCUGCUCCCAGUGCUGCUGCUGUGCCGGCCACCACCCAGCUUGCCACUCCAGAUGUGCGGGCUACUUCAAUGGCGGUCUCCGAGCCGGAAGACAACUUUGAUGUCGCUGAGCUCAAGUGGAUGGAGCACCCCGGUCAAGGCAAUUUCAACCUCGAACGCGAGUACACUCUGAACGAGAAGUACAAGAAGACCGAGCACCAGAUGUACGCCAACUUGAAUCUCCUGUGCCUUUUGCGGACCUUUGAGAUUCUGUACUCUCGGCUGCUGCGCAUCAAGGAGCAAGAGGGAGAGGCUCGCGAGCAGGUCCGACGGGGUCUUCUUCCCAAGCCCGCUCAUGAGUUGUGUCUGAUUGACCGCUUCCCGGGUGAUUUCUUUUACGAUGUCGACCCCAAGGCCAAUCUCUACAAGCAGAUCGUGCGCAUGUGCGAGGAGGUCAUUCGUGGAGAUAUUGACCAGCUCCACCUGGAAGAGACUCUCCGUCGAUUCUACAUGCAGGGCGGUUACCUUUUGUACAAUUUAGAACGUAUCUUCUCGUCGAUCGGCAAGUUCGUGGCAUCUAUUUUCACUGGUGAUGCCAAAGAUCGCAGCUCGGAUAUCGCGAACUUGUUCUUCAAGGAACGUGAGAAAAAUGAGACUACCCACCACCAAGAGAUGCAAUACCGCAAGCAGGUGGAGAGAAUGAUCAAGGAGGGUGACAUGUACCGCAUUACCUACUUCCCAUCCGACCGCCAUGUCACCGUCCAGGUCAUGACCACUGAAGACGCCACGCUCGACAGCGACGAACUCAGCUCCGAGGCCCGCUGGUCCUACUACGUGACCGCCUACUCCAUGCGCGAUCCCACCGAAGGCGUUUCCUACUCCGACAUGCGCAUGCCCUUCCUCAAGCGCAACCUGCCCAACAAGCUUGACGAGGACGAGGAAUACGACCGAUUCUACCGCCGCCUGCAACACCACGACGGCCUCAUCAUUCGCAUCUGCGCCAACAACUAUACCAUCCUUUACCAACCGCCCAGCCACGAUUGGUUCUGGCGCUCGACCGCGCCCGUCCAUGAGAAGGACGCUGACCCCGAGGCUAUCAAGGCCAAGGAAGAACAGCAAACCAAGGGGAGGGCCGCCUCCCGCGAAAAGCGUCAUGAUCGCUUCGUCGAGAAGUUUGUCAAUAACCCCAACUGGGCUCGCGGGCUUAGCAAGGACAAGGUCGACGAGUCGAAUCAACGCUUCCGCUCUUGGCUGAAUGGGACUCUUGAAAAGGAGGAUUCUGCACCCGCCGAGGCUGCGGAGCCUGCUACUGCUGCUGGUGCUGGUGCUGCUGAUACUCAAGGGGAUGUCCAGCAGACCGACCAGCAGGUUGAUACCGAUAUGGCAGACGCCGAGCCUGCCGGUGCCGAAGCGUAAGCUGCAGGCUCAAUGAGAUGGCGGGAAGGGUUUGAUAGGGAUUUUUUGUUAUCGUGUUGCGGGGAACAGGAUGAUACAUGCAUUUUGCCGGACUGACAUGCGAGACAGGGAUGGCGUCUUUUUCUUUCUUUUUUUCUUCCUGUUUUUUUUUUUUGUGAUUCACAUGAGGAAAUUGCGCAAUGAGCUUACACGGAUGUUGCUACUAUUACCUUUUCUAUUUUAUGGCCUGUGGGUUUAAGAUUCUGUUUUCAGUUCUCACUUAGCCGUGAUGUAUUUUAUUGGGGGUUCUUAUUUUAUUUGAUUCCUCUUCUCUUUAUUAUUUCGUGGG